AUGGACGCCGCACGGCAAGAUGUAACAAGAGCUGCAAGCUCCUUCAGCAUUCCCAGCGAAGCGCUUUCGGAUGCAAGCCCGGAAGCUUCAACGACGGCAGUGUCACCUAGCCUUGACGUGAAGGAUGCCUUCAGCCGUUGGGUGGAACAUGAAACGGUUCGAUGCGCCGGAAGCUUGCCGGGCCGCCUGGUGAAUCUGCAGCUACUUUCUUGGCUUACGGCAGUUCAGGUGCUCAAGCACCGUCAACCACAAUCCAACCGGAGACUCACAAGGAGAGGAGCGAGGCAUCUCCAACGCUUGCCACGCGACGUGGUGGCAAUGCCACCACUUUGCCGAGAUCUGAUCCGUGCAUUUGUCGGAGACCAAAGCGGCGUGGGUGUCACAGCUUCUGGCCUGCGCCUGCGGGUGAACCACGUGCGUGUUCAG